AUGGUUCAUCAUACCACAUGGAGCAGCAGCUACAGUUCACUGGAAUUCUGAGCGAUAAACCUGACGAAAAUCCAGAUUUUUAUAACUGGAACAGAGUUAAGGUUUGCUACUGUGAUGGUGCGUCUUUCCUUGGCGAAGGCUAUGACAGGGUUUGUAUUUUUUUUUUUUGAUGUUUUAUUCUUCCUUUUCCACCUGUUGCUUUAUAAGCUGUUAUGGUAUUCCCAGCUUCUCUAAUAUACUGGUACACAAUAGAUUGACAGAAUCUUAGGGAAAUUAUUAGGUGCGGACACCGUACAGAGAGAACCGUCCGGUUUUCUUUCUAUCUACAGUGAAAGUACAGUCAAAGCGUAGCUGCUACAGUAACUGUGCUUUCACUAUAAACAGAGAGAAAACCGGACAGUUAUCUCCGUCAAGUGCCCGCACCUAAUAAUUUGCUAAGAAUCUUUCUAGUUUUAGAUAGUACUGCGUUUCAAUUAACUGCUGAAAAUGAGUAGCGCUUCUUUCUACAUCAGCUCUGUUGAAUAUGUUAGAGAGAUCCUCCAUCAUAAAAUGCAGUCAUCUAUCUUUACUGAUGCCGUCAUUAUUGCUGACUUUGCAUACUAAGGACCUUUAGAUAUCUUCAUAUGGUUCUUAUUAUUUUUUUGUUGGUUAUUUUAAGAGCACAACAUUAUGCCUUUCUCAGUAUAGUUGUUGUUUAGCUCACACAUCGAUUGGCAGCCUUUAAGCAUCUCUCUAAUUCCUGCAAACAUGAAGUUAUGGCUACAAAAAUGCAACUACAUUUUCUGAUGGACCAAUUCCAUUCCCAAUUUUGAUUAUUAUGGCCUAUAGUACUGCCACAUGCUAACGAUACAUAUAAAACUUGUUUUAAAAUCUUGGUUUAUAUCACAGUGGUGCAACACAAUGUUAGAGGUGCUUCCUGUGGUAUUCAAUUUGUAAUAUCAUGCAAAGGUUUUAAAGACCUCUUGAAAGUCUAGCAGUUUCUUAGUGCAAAAUAAACUUUUGCAAAUGUUCCAAAUAGUUUCGUUUAUAUUUAUGUUUAUUUUAGUUGAAGUUGCUAGGCUUAACGUGGGUACAUGGACCAAGUAACAGUUUCCAAAUGUGGUCAGUUUUCCUAAAUUACAUGGAAGUUAGCCAUUUCAGUGCCUAUGUGUUGUUUCUCUGUGCUUGAACAGUUCGAACUCAGACAAUGCUACUUCUUUGAGCUCCACUCCUUGCUGCUAUGAUGAUCAGUACUUCACUGAGUUCCACCGCUGCAAUCAUAAUUCCCUGGUUUUGUAAUGGACGAUUCAGAUUUCUUGAGACAGCAAAAAUGGCUCUACUGCUCAAAGUUUGCUGGUUCCAUUUCAGGCAGCAGGUCUUUUUUUCCGUGGUCAACGCAUCUGGUUAGCUGCUAUGGAAGAUUUAAUGUUAAAGGGAAUGCGUUAUGCAAAUCAGGCACUUCUUACCGGCUGCUCCGCUGGUGGUGUAGCAGCCAUACACCAUUGCGAUGGAUUUCGAGCCUUAUUUCCCGGAAGCAUAAGAGUCAAGUGUGUUGCUGAUGCUGGAAUGUUCCUUGAUGCUAUUGAUGUGGCUGGUCGUCGCACCUUAAGAUCCUUCUUUAGAGGAGUAGUCAAGUUACAGGGAGUGGCAAGGAACUUACCACAGACCUGCACUUCUCGCUCGAAUCCUACUUUGUGCUUCUUUCCACAGAAUGUGGUGUCCAUUAUUCAGACCCCGCUUUUUCUUUUGAAUACAGCAUAUGAUGUUUGGCAGCUCAAGGAGAGUCUAGCAACCGAAGCGGCUGAUCCUCAUGGUUAUUGGCAAGACUGUAAGAUGGAUAAUGCAAAAUGCAACACAGAUCAAAUCCAGUUUCUUCAAGACUUCAGGAAUCAAAUGCUUAAUGUUGUGGAAAGGUUCUCGUCAUCAAAAGAAAAUGGGAUAUUUAUUAAUUCAUGUUUUGCCCAUUGCCAAAGUGAGAGGCAGGAUACUUGGUUCGGUAGCAACUCCCCCACUAUUAGGGACAAGGGAAUUGCAAAGUCUGUUGGUGAUUGGUACUUCGAUCGAUCCCGAGUUAAAGAAACCGAUUGUCCAUAUCCAUGUGACAAAACAUGUCACCACCUAGUCAACAGAAAGAAAAAGCCUCCUCCUUUGGUACUCUCUAGUAUCUCUCUUCAAACUUCUCCUUAAAUUGCAAUGCAAUAAAAUUGCUUGUUAUCAUGGAUCCAUGCUCAAUAUAAUGGCAUGAGAGUUGUAGCAUUAACUGUAAAUCUAUGGAUGUUUAGCUGUCCAUAUUUGGACAUGUAGUGCAAUCAAGUAAACUCUAUGAGGAAAUGGAUAGUUUUGUUUGCAUUGUGGCUUCCCAAAACAUGAUUUUCAAAAAAUAAUUGCAAGACUGAGUUGCUUGCAAGUGCUAUUAAGAAUCUAGAAGAAACAAACCUUUGUGAAUCAAGUUGGGAAUAAUGAAUUGUUAG